UCCCUACGAGAAGAACAGAAAAAAUGAUUGAUAUUAAGGCUUGGGCUGAAUACAUUGUGGAGUGGGCUGCAAAGGACCCAUACGGCUUUCUAACUACAGUGAUCUUGGCCCUUACACCAUUGUUCAUAAUAAGUGCAGCACUUUCAUGGAAGCUUGCAAAAAUGAUUGAGGCCAGGGAACGAGAGCAGAAGAAGAAACAAAAACGACAAGAGAAUAUUGCAAAAGCCAAACGAACAAAGAAGGACUAAACGCAUGUGGGGGGUGAGAAGACCUUCCUUGUGCAACGACUCCAUCUUUAAUAUGAAACAGUUGUGCAUUCUGCUGUAACUGUUCUUUGAUACUUGAUCCUGUUACUUCUUAAAUAUGAAAUCUAAUUCCUCAGUGUAUUUUUUUUUCUGCUGAGAUGAUCUGUGUUAAACUUUUCCCAAGUGACUUCUGUUACAAACAUUUAAUCUACCACUUGUGUUCUAGUGCAGGUUGCUCUUCUGAAUUUGCACAGAUGGCUCUGGGGAUAGAUUCUUUUUUUCUUCUUUGAGCUAUGAUUUAACAGGAGUCUUAAAAAUUGAGAUUCUGGUGGAAAUACGAAUUGCAAACUGGAUUACAGAAAGGC